AUGCCUCAAUAUACCGAAGAUCAGCUUCGUCAGGCUCUCGAGGACAUCUCAAACGGCAAGAGUCAAAAGAGAGCCUCAUUGGAGUAUGGGAUACCACGAUCAACCCUCCAACUACGUCUCCAAGGUGGUCAGACUAGGAAAGUGGCUUUUGCUGACUGGCAGAGGCUGUCUCCUGACCAGGAGAGUAAGCUGGCACAAUGGGUUCGCAUUCAGGCUUCGCUGGGCCUCGCACCAACGCACCAACAGGUGAAGGAAUUCGCAGAGCGAGUUCUGGCUGCUGCUGGGGAUACCAAACCAUUAGGAAAAGGCUGGAUCUAUGCCUUCGUGAGAAGGAACCCUAUCAUUAAGGUUCAGAGAAGUCGUUCCAUCGAUUCUAGACGCGUUAAUGGGGCAUCUACUGAGGUCAUUAGGAACUGGUUUAAGUUCCUUGCUAUCCCUGAGAUCAAGGACAUCAAACCAGCCAACAGAUAUAAUAUGGAUGAGACUGGCAUCCUCGAGGGUCAGGGAGCUAAUGGGUUAGUGCUGGGCAUGGCUGAGACGACGUCUGUUCGCAAGAAACAACCUGGGUCGAGGGCAUGGGUCUCUAUCAUUGAGUGUAUCUCAGCCUUGGGUAGGGCACUUGUCCUCUUAUCAUUUUCAAGGAAGACGGUCCAACAACAGUGGUUUCCAUUACAUCUGGUUCCAUACGAUGGGUGGAGUUUACAGCAACAGAUAAUGGCUGGACUACAGACUUAA